AAUAUAGUUCGAAAGAUUGUCAAUGAGAUUCAAUUUUCACAAAAUAAACUGAAUAGGUAAGCUCUUACUAAAUCCAAACGCACCGCCGAUAAGAAACUUAAAGCGAUAAAUUAAAUACCACCAUCGUUACUAACCCCUUAUUUCGCGAAAUAAUUUUAUUAUAAUAGAUAAUUUAAAACUGGCCAAGUCGCCCCACCACUGGGGGAUAAUAUGAGGAAUGGGCGGGGCAUAAAUUAAAACAGAAACACACAUAAAAAGCCGUCUCUCUCGCACAAAUGAGCAAUCCUAAAUGCAGUAAGCGGCUUACAAUAGGAGUUGACACUCGGCGGUCUUGCGCGCUCUUUCAUUUACGUAGUACUGAUAUAUUUCCGUCUCAGUCUGUCGCCGGGCCCUUUAUAUUUAUAAAGGUAUAGACCCAAAGCCCCACGUGAGAUUGUGUUUUGUAAUCAGUGAAGUGGUAUCUUUGUACGGGAGCGCGCGAUGCGGCCCGUUUGACAGUUGACGUUUUUUUGGCGCGAAGACGAAGGCACGAGUCCUGUGAACUUUAAAAAAAGUUUAAGUGAUGGUGGACGCCAGUUGAAGUCUGUUUCAGUUAUUGCUUUUGCAAUAACUUGGAUUUUAUUUUAAGGAGUCAGUUUAGGGCGGCAAGAUAGAAGAAUACGGGGUGUACACGAUGCUGCCGGCGCAGCAGCUCCCCCCGAUCAGCCCGUGGCCGCCCGACGGGGUGCUGGACCGCAUGGACGAUCUGGCGCACAAAGGAGGCAGGCCGCUGCCGGACUCCACGAGGCAGAAGAUCGUGGAGCUGGCGCACUCGGGCGCGCGGCCCUGCGACAUCAGCCGCAUCCUGCAGGUCUCCAACGGCUGCGUGUCCAAGAUACUCGGCAGGUACUACGAGACGGGAUCGAUCCGACCGCGCGCCAUCGGCGGCUCCAAGCCACGAGUGGCCACCGCGGAGGUGGUGUCCAAGAUCGCGCAGUACAAGCGGGAGUGCCCCUCGAUCUUCGCGUGGGAGAUCAGGGACCGUCUGCUGAGCGAGGGCGUCUGCACGUCCGACAAUAUUCCUAGUGUAUCCUCAAUCAACCGAGUGCUCCGCAACCUCGCCGCACAGAAGGAGAAGACCAACUCCCAGCCUCCCCCCACCGACUGCAACACGCCUGUAUACGAACGGCUGCGGCUGCUGGGCUCCCAGUCCAACUGGCCGCGCGCGCCCUGGCCGGCACAAAUAGAUGCCAGGACACCACCCUACCAGCUUCACAGUCUGAGUCCAGGGCCUCAGAUGUGCAAUGGCGAUAUGGGGAUGAAGAAAGGAGAAGAGCCACUGGAAGGCCUAGAAGGCCUCCACUCCGACGAGACGGGGUCCGGCGACAACUCCAACGCGGGCUCGAGCGGCGCCGACGACGACGCGGCGCGACUGCGACUCAAGCGCAAGCUGCAGAGGAAUCGCACCAGCUUCACUAAUGAGCAGAUUGACAGCUUGGAGCGCGAGUUCGAGAGGACACAUUACCCGGACGUGUUUGCGCGGGAGCGACUCGCUGCUAAGAUCGGUCUCCCAGAGGCCAGGAUACAGGUGUGGUUCUCGAAUCGGCGCGCGAAGUGGCGGCGCGAGGAGAAGAUCCGCGCGCAGCGGCGCAGCCCCGAGUGCUACCCGCCGCAGCCGCAGUACCCGCCGCCCGUCAACAUCGACAGCUACAGGAUCCGCGCGCAGCGGCGCAGCCCCGAGUGCUACCCGCCGCAGCCGCAGUACCCGCCGCCCGUCAACAUCGACAGCUACAGUCCGCUAACCCCAAUGGGCUACGGACCGACGCCCAUGCCCGAACCAGCGCCCGUGCCCGUAUGCGAUCCAGACCCGGAGCUCUGCAAGGGCGGGUUCCUUGGCUACCCUCGCUACGAGCUCGGCUACCGGCAACCACCGCAUUAUGUCAACCACCCGUACCAGCACGAGCCCUCGCCGACAUCAGAGCUAGGCGGCCUCCUUGGCGCCGGCGUGUCUGUCCCGCUCGCAGUGCCGGGGCAGGAGUCCCAGCAGUACUGGUCGCGGCUGCAGUGACCCUGGUGGAACUAACUUAGCCCGACAACAUCAAGCAUUUUUUAAAUAAGCUCUGCACUCCACAACACUAGUUAAU